CAGACGAGGACUACCCUAAAAUCGCGAAAAUUUCAUCAUUCGUCCCAUUCACACAAAGUCCCUCGGACCAUGGACACAUGGCAUUCACGGCUUAUCCACCAUGAACGUUUUCGUGCCACCCGCCGAUAAUGAGCUUGGGUGUAUCUACACUCCGCUCAAGGAUUUAACAGUCGCAUCCGGAGACAUAGUAGACCCAGAACAAGAUACCUGGGCCGUCCGAUGCGUCAAAUUGGAACCCGGACAGAGGACUGACCCUCUGAGAUGUGAACUCGUCAGCUCACAUUUGGGGGUCAUGCGCGGCAACUACGAGGCCUUGUCAUACACGUGGGGUGACCUAAACGCAAAGACCACCAUAUUCUUGGAUGGCCGACCAGUGCAAGUGACACAAAACCUGGCUUGCUCUUUGCGCCAUCUUCGGUUGCCUCAUGACGGCCGCCUUUUGUGGAUCGAUGCGCUCUGUAUCAACCAGGCGGAUGGCGCCGAGGUUAAUACCUACGUUCAGAGAAUGUGGGCCAUCUACGAGGGAUCAAAAAAUGUCGUGGUGUUUCUAGGAGAAUCUACACAAGAAAGCGAUAAAGCAUUGCAACUUCUCACUCAUUUGUCGGGUUUGUCAGUGGUGGCAACCGAGAGACAUAGUCAGAUCAACCAGCUGCUGGAGGACAACCACAAGUCAUUGCAUUGGACUGCGCUCGAAAGGUUAAUGCAGAGGCCAUGGUGGAGCAGAGCCUGGAUAAUUCAAGAGUAUGCUGUUGCACCGCGAGUCAUCUUCGUAUGCGGUUUAGCCACUCUUGACGGAGAAAACUUUGGCCACGCAAUGGAUUACCUGAUGGAUUACAGGUACAGCGCGAGCAUUCCGCACCACUGGCAAGAGGCGGUGAGGAAUGUGGCUCUCACUGGAAUCAACCACCUGUUGUCUAUUCGAAAACAAUACCAAAGCUCAAGUCCGCAAGCGAAACCAUCCCCAUUGGAGAUUCUGUACAGGUCCCGAGGCUCCCAGGCCUCAGAUCCCAAAGAUAAGGUGUACAGCCUCUUCCGUCUUAUUGCUGAAGACCCAAGGCUACAGCCAAAUUACAGCCGCUCAGUCGAGGAGCUUUACAAGGAUGUGGUGAGAGCCAUAAUUGAUAAUACGGGGACUCUUGAGAUCCUUUCUCAUCAUAACUCGGGCAAUCCACAGUCGCACAGCAGUAUGCCGUCUUGGUGCCCAGACUGGACCGUACGACGCGGAUCUCACUACCUGAUGCAAAGAAAUCAAUACUCAGCUGCUGGAAAUACCACUGCCCACGCAGUAAUACACGGUGACACUCUUAGAGUUAAGGGAAGAGCUCUGGACCGCAUCGACUUGAUAUCGAAAAGGAUCAAGUACAACGACUUCAAGAACAGGCAAGCACGACAAGCAACCAUAGAAAGGCUUUGGCGACUUGCCGCAGCAAAGAGAGAUUCAGAAUUUUCUGAUUAUCAAAUGCCUGACGUUCCGGCAGCAUUCUCAGAAACACUUUCAUCCUUACGAAACCGAGAAAAGGGCCCUGCUGGCUCAACGCCAAGCAUUCUGGACCCACGCACCGUGCAAGAGAUGUGGAAUGCCUGGUGGACGUCUUGCACAAAACCUUCCUCGCUGACUAGCUCUGGCCGUAAGCUGGCCAAGUCAUUCGAUGAUGCCCUGCACAGGGCCAUAUAUGGCAAAGCCUUUUUUAUUUCACAGCAGGGGCGGUUUGGUAUCGUCGAUGCAACAGCUCGAGCCGGCGAUACGGUUGCCGUGCUGCUCGGCGGGGAGGUAUUAUUUGCACUUCGAGAGACGGGUGAAACCAAUGACUCCAAUCCAAGUGCGGGCAACAAUACUGAUUAUAAUCUGGUUGGUGAAUGGUGA